CCAAAAUGCAAUCCCACUCACCAUUUCCAUUUCACACCCCCCACUCAGCUUUCUUUCUCACCAAACACUCCAAAUUAACUUUCGUGGAAGGACUACUCCAUGGAUGCCGAAGCUUCACCGUUUGAAACCAGCGAGAUGUUGGCAGCUUUCUUGGCGUCCACGCCCUUGCUACCCGAGUCAUGGAGCCUAUGCAACGUCGCCAACACCACUGCGCCACGCAGUUUCAUCACGAAGCAAGUCGGAGAUGUGGGUUAUCUUGCUUUCUCCGGCAUCCAAAUGGCCGGAAGCUCCGACCCCAGCGGCAGAAACUUGGUGUCAUUGGAGAGCGCCGGAAACGGGCUGUUCGUUCCACUGCACCGCCAUUAUGAAGGAGAGGAGGAGCCGGUCAUGGUGAAUGCAGAGAUGUUACAUAUCUUCCUCUCUCUGCAUAUUUCCUCAACCCUCCAAAACCAGAUGCGGGCACUAAAGGAGAAAAGCAAGUCAAUAAUCAUCACGGGGCAUUGCGUAGGAGGAGCAACUGCCUCUCUUUGUGCUCUUUGGCUCCUCUCUGACCUCCAUUCUGUGCCCUCUCCUCCACCAGUCCUGUGCAUCGCUUUCGGCUCUCCAUUGCUUGGCAAUGCCUCCCUUUCCCGAGCUAUCUUGCGAGAAAGAUGGGGUGGCAACUUCUGUCAUGUUGUCUCAAAACAUGACAUCAUGCCAAGGCUGCUCUUUGCUCUACCAUCCGGCCUCUCUCAGCUUCAUGUCCUUCUCCAGUACUGGCACCUGUCUAUGACUUCUCCACACUACUCUUCUGACAAGCUUGCUUUCCAAUUACGCAAUGAAGAAAUAUCUGAUCAGCUCUUACGCUUUGUCUUGCUUCAUUUGCACGCGUUAGCACAGGCAGAACAAGAGACGCCGACCACAAGUACUAGUACUACUUCAUUUUGGCCAUUGGGGAGCUACUUGUUUUGCUCUCAGGAGGGAGCAAUUUGUGUCGACAACGCUCUGUCUGUCGUUAAGAUGAUGCAUUUGAUGCUUAUCACAGCUUCUCCAAGCAGUAGCAUAGAGGAUCAUCUCAAGUACGGAGAUUAUGUUGGGAAAGUUUGUGUUCAGUUUUUGAACCAGAGAAGCUUCAUGCAGGCACAUCUUCUGCCUGAGUCGAGCUAUGAAGCAGGGGUAGCUUUGGCGUUGCAGUCGUCAGGGAUAGACAGCCAGGAAUCAGUUGCCGGACCGGCAGAAGACUGCCUAAAGAUGGCAAGAAAGAUGGGUCGCACACCAAACCUGAACAGUGCCAAGCUGGCUAUUAGAUUAUCAGAAGUCAACCCUUACAGGGCUCAGAUAGAAUGGUACAAAGCAUCCUGCGAUGAAACUGAUAAUCAAAUGGGGUACUACGAUUGCUUUAAGCAAAGGGAAACCUCAAAAAGGGACUCCACAGUUAACUUGAACCGGUACAAGCUUGCCAGUUUCUGGAAUAACGUCAUCGACAUGCUGGAGAAGAAUCAACUGCCUCAUGAUUUUCAUAGGCGUGCUAAAUGGGUCAAUGGCGCCCACUUCUAUAAACUCCUGGUUGAGCCUUUGGAAAUUGCUGAAUAUUAUCGACAAGGCAUGCACCGUGUCAACGGUCAUUACUUGAGCCAUGGAAGAGAGCGGAGGUUCAAGAUUUUUGAUAGGUGGUGGAGAGAGAGAAGGGUUAGUGAUGAAGAAAAUAAUCAAAGGAGCAAAUUCGCAAGCUUGACUCAAGAUUCAUGCUUUUGGGCAAGGGUGGAGGAAGCAAAGGAGUGGCUUGAUGAGGCCAGACGCGAAAGUGACAGAACAAAGCUGGCUUUGUUGUGGGAGAAGAUUCAUGCAUUCGAAAGGCAUGCAAGGAAAUUGGUGGAGAUUAAGGAAGUCUCUAAAGAUGUUGUGGCAAAUAAUUCAAGCUAUAGUAAGUGGGUGGAAGAAUGCAGAGCAUUGAAAUCACAGAUGCUGCAGUACCCCCCUCCCUGAGUUUCCAAAUUUUUCAAUGAGGAGAUGCUUCCUCAGUCUGUACUCGAGGAUAACGAUGCUUUCUAGUGUUUAUCUUAUCUAUUUAUUUGGAUGCA